CUCAAGCUCUUCGAACUCUCAUUCACACCCACUUCACCAAUUUUGCCACACCCUUAUCUCUCCCUUUCUGCUGCGCUUCUCAAUGGCCACUGUCAUCAAAACGCCGCCGUUCCAUCCGCCUCCGACACGUGUACUCUCCACGUCCUUAAAAUCCACAAAACCGUUUUGCCUCUCCUUCAGACAACAUAGAAGCAUCAGCACCAGAGUCUUUUCUCGGACAGCUUCUCUCCGGUUCGCUGCUAUUCCCUCUCUACGGUUUGUAAAGCUCGUCCCUUUAGCUUCAAGUGGAGAAACCGAAACCACCGAGACUGAAAAGGAGAUUCAAGAACCUCAAGUCGAGGAUUCUUCAGAUGGUGCUGUUGGUGUUGAAGAUGCUGCUGGCGAUGAUGACACUACUGUUGCAGAGGAAACACAUACUUCAGUCAUUGUUGAGUUGCUCCAAUCGUACAAAGAAGCAUUGGCCAAUGAUGAUGACUCUAAAGUUGCUGAGAUAGAAGAUUACUUAAAAACCAUUGAUGGUGAGAAAGUCAAUCUUGAGAGCAAAGUGGCUCAGUUGUCCGAAGAAUUGUUGGUAGAGAAGGAUCGUACUCUUAGGAUAAGUGCAGACUUCGACAAUUUUCGGAAGAGGACAGAGAGGGAACGCUCUUCACUUGUAUCAAAUGCUCAAGGGGAAGUUGUUGAAAGAUUGUUACAAGUUUUGGAUAAUUUUGAGAGGGCUAAAACCCAAAUUAAAGUGGAAACAGAGGGAGAGGAAAAGAUAAACAACAGCUAUCAGAGCAUAUACAAGCAGUUGGUAGAAAUUCUUGGCUCACUUGGUGUUGUUCCUGUGGAGACAGUUGGAAAGCCCUUUGAUCCAUUGCUGCACGAAGCAAUUAUGCGUGAGGAUUCCUCAGAAUUUGAAGAAGGUGUCAUUAUUGAAGAAUUUCGCAAGGGUUUCAAACUUGGUGACAGGCUUUUACGUCCAUCAAUGGUGAAGGUAUCGGCGGGUCCAGGGCCUGCAAAACCGGAAGAAGAACCAUCUGAAGGAGGGGAAGAUUCAGGUGAAAUCGCAGAAAACAACACAGCAGAAGUUGAAGCGGAGUCAUCUUAAAGGAGAAAUACACAAACCUAGAGUUCAGUUUUGUAAAAGCAGCCGCAUUAUAAUGUUUUGAGUUAAGCUUGUAGCUUACAUUUCUUUGGGGGGUUUCAUAAGAUUCUUACUUCUAUGCUUUCGGUUCAUAGAAAAAUCCCAAUUGGCUUGAGAAUAUAGGCAUUUAUUGAAAGAUAUUUUUGUUCAUCACUGUGUUUAUUUGCAAUUGUACUUAAGUUUUCUCCUAACUUAAGCAAAUAUGUUUCAACUUCACUUGUUAAUGGAAGACCCUAGUUUGGAGGGAAUACUUGAUUCA